AUGCUAAGCUCUGUUUCGUCUGCUGAAUCUUCAACAUAUAUCACUGAUGACACAUAUGAUUCCAACUAUUGUUACGAUAAUGACUUCAAUCCUAUCCAACCAGUAACUUGCCAAUGCAAUUUACUUUAUGAACCUGUUUGUGGUACAGAUGGGAAAACUUACUCAAAUAAGUGUUUCCUAAAAUGCAUCAGCCAUCAUAAUGAGAAAAUUGGCAGACCAUCUAUAUUUGUAAAAAAUAAUGGUGAAUGUCAUCAAGAAACGUGCCACUGCCCAUCGGAUAUAAAAUCAGUCUGUGGCUCUGAUGACAUCACUUACAGCAAUGAAUGCCAAGUUGAUUGCGAGAAUAAAAGGAGAAGAAAAAUAGGAUUGCCUCAAAUCACAGUGGUAGGACGAGGUGUUUGUCCAAAACAAUAUUGUCAUUGUCCCAACGCCAUUAUACCCGUAUGUGGUACUGAUAACAGGAGCUAUAGAAAUAUUUGUUUCCUUGAAUGUGCUAGCAGAUCAAAUCAAGGCAAGGGUCUACCUUAUAUUUCUAUAAAAUCAAACGGUCCAUGUACUAGGGAUCUAUGUGAAUGUCCAUUGAAUUUUGAUCCUAUUUGCGCCAGUGAUGAGAAAACAUACGGAAACUUAUGUCAAUUGCAAUGUGAGAACAGAAGACGCAAUGCCUUAGGAAAGCCUUUACUUAAGGAAUUGCAUAAGGGUGACUGUGAAAAUUGUCAAUGUCCAGCUGUAUCAAACCCGGUGUGUGGUAGCGAUGAAAAAACAUACAAUAGUGAAUGUGAAUUAGCUUGCGAGAACAAGAAGCGCAGAAGACUUGGACAUUCCCACAUUUCUAUAACUCACAAUGGGGAAUGCGGUUCAUGUAGCUGUCCAGCUGUUUCGGACCCUGUAUGUGGACGCGAUGGUAAAACAUAUGAGAACAAAUGUAAACUAGAUUGCGAAAACAGGCGACGAAAACUGCAAGGCGAGUCCGCCAUUACCGUUCUUUAUCAAGGGGAAUGCGAAAUUUGCUUGUGCGCCGCCAAAGUUGAUCCACUUUGUGGAAGCGAUGAAAGAACUUAUGGAAAUGCUUGCGAACUGGACUGUGAAAAUAAGCUAAGGAAAAGACAGGGCCUUCAUCCUAUAACAGUAUUUCAUGAAGGUGAAUGCGGGACCCGUUCUUGUUCGCCAGGCCCAAUUUGUGCAAGCAAUAAUCAAACAUUUGACAAUGAGUGUCUUUUGGAAAAUGAAAACAUCAGACGAGAUAAACAAGGUUUACCACUUCUCAUGACCCUUUACAAAGGUCACUGUGAGACUUGCACAUGUGAAGACAUUGUUGCUCCGGUGUGUGGCAGCGAUGGAAAAACUUAUAACAAUGAAUGUUUGCUAAACUAUGAAAAUAGAAUACGGAAAAGGUCGGGACUUCCUCCAAUAGAACUUCAGUAUAAUGACGAAUGCGUUUCAUGUAUCUGCUCAAAAAUAUAUGAUCCAAUUUGUGGCAGCGAUGAAGAAACUUAUGGCAACCAAUGCCCAUUCGAUUGUGAAAAUAGAAUACGUGAGAAACAAGGGUUACCUCCUCUCUCUAUACUUUACAAGGGCAAGUGUGAAAAAUGUUCUUGUCCUUCAGUUACUGAAACGGUUUGUGGAAGCGAUGAUUCCACUUAUAACAAUGUAUGCCUGUUAGAAUGUGAGAACACUAAACGAAAAAGACAAGGGCUUUCUUCCAUCACACAGAUUUAUGACGGAGAAUGCGAAUCUUGUGUGUGUCCAGCUAUAGAAGAUCCCAUUUGUGGGAGCGAUGGGAAGUCAUAUUCAAACGAAUGUACAUUAAAUUGCGACAACAAGAAACGUAUAAGACAGGGACUUGCUCCCACUAGGCUUCUUUAUCAAGGAGAAUGUGAAAUUUGCUUAUGUCCAGCUACCGUAGAUCCUAUUUGCGGUAGUGACCAAAAAACAUAUUGGAACGAAUGCGAAUACGAAUGUGAGAAUAAGUUACGUGGGAGACAGGGACUCCCAUCAAUUUCAAUAUUGUACAGAGAUGAAUGCGCAACUUGUACAUGUUCUGAAGUUAUAGAUCCAGUGUGUGGGACUAAUAAUGAAUCGUACGACAGUGAAUGUCUCUUAGAAUUUGAAAAUGUCAUACGGGUCAAACAAGGUCUUCCCGUUAUCCAAAUUCUUCAUAAAGGUGAAUGCGAUGACUGUAUAUGUCCGGCUAUUGUAGACCCUGUAUGUGGAAGCGAUGGCAAGACUUAUGAUAACGAAUGCCUGCUAAACUGUGAAAUUAAAAAACAGACGCGCAUUGGCAUUUCCCAUUUGAAAUUGCUUUAUGAUAGCGACUGCAUUUCACGAGAAACUCAUCACUCGCCAAAUGACCCGCAUCAGCUUUCACUUCACGUCGGUUUUCUGUGAUAUCCUGAUUCCAUUCUACGUUAUCUACGAUCUGAUCUGCUAUUUGCUUUAAAAACAUCUUGAUUUUAGGUAUGUUAUUUAUAAAAUGUUUCGUUUAUGUUAUU